AUGAUCCCGUUCUCUUUCGAAAGCCCGGUUCCUAUGCUUGAUAAACUCUCUACGCUUCCUUUGAGUACUCUUUCGGGGAUCCGCCAUAUACGUGUCGGUGGGGGUGAGUUGAAGUUGUGUCAUCUAGAUGAUCCCUAUCCCAUUUUUUACAGUAUUCCAUGGGUCCUCAAGUUACUCCCUAGUUUGCAAGUGGAUACACUUACCGUCCUUGGACCGGUCCGCGGCCAUGCGUCCUAUACUAUGAUGAGCGAAUUCAUUCAACACAGCACUGGUUGGAAAGAGCUCCACUUCAUCACACCAAAUUCCAACAUGCUUGAUUUUGAAAUAGUGAGGUUUUUUGCUGGUGUGCCCCCGAUCUUACGCGAACCUCAACCAAGCACCUGGAAAACUGUUCUAUCCAGUCGGGAUGGGCCUGAUACCGGAACGUCUGUCACUAUUUAUCGGUCAACGCAGUCAGAUUCUCCUGGGGCCGUUCUCGAUCCACAGACACGCGAGCCUUUGGAGCAGAAAAAGAAUCGCAGAAAGCGAGCAAGGUUUGGCUUAGCUGCAGACCAAUCCCUGACAUCUGAGGGCGAGGCUGAAAAAGAGUUACUGGUUAUUGUCAAACGUGGACUUGAUGUUGACAUCACAGAAGAUGAGAGCCCUCCCUACCUCCCUAAAGACAUUCGGAGUUGGACACGGGCUAUGAGUUGGGCAGAAAUUCGUCGUGAGUGUUACGAUAACACAACACAACUUUAUGAUGAUCGUCACUAUCCUGGAUGGGAUCAGGGUGUGGAGAUUGAUUCAUACGAUAAGGUUGACGAAUAUACGUGGAACCCCGCCAACCACUAG